AUGGCACUAGACAAUGAACCUUCAAUCAAAUACCCUUCCCAGGCUCCUCCUCUGAGCGACGGCAAGAAUCCUCAUGUCAUGAUUGUCGGAGCUGGGCUUGCUGGUCUCCUUCUCGGCAUCCUGUUGGAUAAGGCAGGCAUUCCCUACGAAAUUUAUGAACGUGCCAAGGAGGUCAAGCCCCUGGGCGCCGUUAUGUCCCUGAACGCGGGGGUCUUUCCUGCUCUGGAACAACUCGGGCUGUACGACGAAUUGAUGAAGUUAUCGUUGCCAGCGACAGGGGGACUUGCCAUAUACAACGGCGACUUGACAAGAGUCACUUCCCUCAAGAGCAAUGUCGCCCAGUAG